AUGGCAGAUCAAGUGAAUAUUCACGAUGACAUCAAACUAUAUACAACAGCAGAAAAAUUCUAUUUGGAGCCAACAAUCAAUCCUAAAGAAAUUAUGGUGAUUGAUAGAGUUUCUGGAGUGGCAUAUGUUGAGGGUGUGGAGAAAGUGAAAAUUCCAAUACCUCCAAAUGCAUACAAGCCUGUAUGUGGCUUCCUUGGAUCCAUCAAGCUCAUUUCCGGUUAUUACCUCAUUGUGGCCAAGUACAGAAUUGUGGUUGGCAGAGUGAAUAACCAUGACAUCUACAAGUUAGCAGGUGUAGAUAUCAUCCCAUAUGUGAGGACCACCUCACACCUUACUAGCCAACAGAUCGAAGAUAACAGCACAUACGAGCGCAUGCUUCGAUACGCGUUGAACGCUCCUGGUAUAUACUUCUCGUACGGCUACGAUUUGACGCACUCGUUGCAGCGCUUGCACUCAGUGACUGCUGAUUUUCACAAGCUGUCGCUAGCAUGCCGUGCAGACCCUCGCUUCCUCUGGAACGGAUUUCUGUUGAAAGACUUCAUGGACCCCAUGUUUGGGAAAUUCGCGUUGCCACUCAUACAAGGAUUCGUUGCCGUGAACAAGCUAACGAUCAAGAAGCAUCAGCUGACGUGGUCUCUGAUUUCCCGGAGAUGCGUCGAACGUGCCGGAACGAGGUUCUUCAUGCGCGGCGCCGACGUCGAGGGCAAUGUAGCAAACUUCGUAGAAACAGAACAAAUACUAGAAUUCGGCGGCACGAAAACAUCGUUCUUGCAAACGCGCGGCUCCAUACCGCUGUUCUGGACGCAGUACCCCAACUUGAAGUAUAAGCCCGCGAUGACUCUGUCGCACGAGGACCACGUCUCGGCUUAUACGAAACAUUUGAGGGACCAGCACCAGCGGUAUGGAUCGCAGGUGCUUGUCAAUUUGAUCGACCAGCGCGGCAAAGAAGAGUCUCUUGAGCGCGGCUACCGUGCGGCAGUAGCGGCUGCCGCCCUACCUGGCGUUCGAUACGAGCCUUUCGACUUCCACGCGGAGUGCCGUGGUAUGAGAUACGACAGACUCAAUGUGCUCAUUGACCGGAUCUCACACGAGCAGGAAGAAUUCAGCUACUUCAUGUCUCGAGGUGGUCACGUGCUUCUAAACCAGAAUGGAGCAUUUCGGACCAACUGCGUGGACUGUUUGGACCGCACCAACGUAGUCCAAAGUUUACUCGCUAAAAGGCAGCUGGAGACAUCGCUGCAGAUGCUAGAAGUCAAGUUGAGGAAUGAACAGCUGCCUGCUUGGAUUGUGAAAUUGUUUAAUAAUGUGUGGGCCGACCACGCGGACAUGAUCUCCAUACAGUACUCCGGCACGGGGGCCCUCAAGACGGACUUCACUCGCACUGGCAAGCGCACGCGCAUCGGUCUCAUCAACGACGGGAUCAACUCGCUCACCAGAUACUAUAAGAACAAUUUCAGUGACGGCUGGAGACAGGAUUCAAUGGACUUGUUAUUGGGCAAGUACAAGGUCCAAGAUGGCGAAGGUUGUUCGGUGCGCUGCCCGCUGCGGCUGCAACGGAACUGGCGGUACUAUACGUUCCCAUCGGUGCUGCUGUUCGCGAUGUCAAUGUUCUGCGCGAGCGCAAUAUUGCCAAAGGAGUACAACACCAAGGCGCUGUCCUAUAUCAUGAUGUGGGGCGCCUGUAUGGGCGCUACUCUCGCCCUCAUUUUCAGAUAUGGCACGGAGUUCGUGGACUGGCCCCGGCUGGACGCAGGAGGCCUCGUCGCGAGGCGCGCGCUGCCGCCGCCGUCCUUAUGAUAGACGAUCUGCCUCUCGUCAUCGUCGUCUAGACCGUUGCUAAGCAAUAAUAUUUAACUGUAUACCACUUGUAGCUAUCUACUUUUGGCAUCUUACUACUUUUAGCAGUCGGUAUACCAUAAGUAACGGUGUCAGUAGAGCACAGUAUUAUGCGAGUUCUAAUAGUGAUUAGGAAAUUACCAUUUAACUAAUAAUCCUGAAAAAGAACCGUUUUAAUCCAUUCCUGAUGUAUAUACCACUGCCAGUAUACCAUUGCUAAAAAUAUACCAUUGACGGUACACCAAGGCUAAAGAGUAUACUACUGCUAAAAGUUUACCACUGUCAGAAGAAAGUCGCGGCUACAAAAAGUUAAUAGUUACCUACCCUCAUCACUUUGACAGAUAAAUGUUUUUCUGUUAAAUUUCCCAACACUUGUUACUCUAAAACUACACGUGGGAGCAAAUAAGCCGAACCUUACCAGUAUUUAAAUUUUCUUAGCGAUUGGUUCUUCCGGCUAACAGCGACUGGCGAGCUAUCAGAAUCGUAUUGAUAUUGGAAUAUAAAUACGAUAAGGCUGGUAAUUUGCCAUGCAUUAUAUCAUGUACUCAGCCUUUCAAUUGCAGUCUUUAAGUGACAGCUGCAUAAUAUAGUGUUUAAAAUUAGUACAAAAUUUGUUCUUGCUCUUCCAAACGUUGUAUAAUUAGAGUGAAAAGGAACAGCUAUACUUUUUUGAGCUUACAAUACACUAUUAUUUUUAUACGGCACAGCUACACCUUUGACCAAAUUUUGUAUUUUAAACUAUGUUAUAAGUACCAUUCCUUUGAUUUUAUUGUCCAGUGAGAAUACUAAUAUUAUACAUGUUGUGAACUUAUAUGAAAAAUAGAGAAAACCCUAUUUUGUUUGAAUGUGAACAAAUUCGAUUUGAAAGCUUGCUAUGUUGCGGAAUAAAGUAGAUUGAGUUCCUUUGACAAAGUCUAAUGAAUUUGAUUUACUCAAGCUACUGUAUGUGUUGCUCGUGUCGAUAUUACCGCUCUCUAGUGUAAAGUAUGCCAAUGGAUUGUAUGAACAAUUUUCCUAUGGUUUUGGGGUGUAGGUUAGAAAUUAAUGUCAUGUUAUACUGUCCUUACUACAGAUUCUUUACUUUAUCGUCCAACAAUUUAUUUUACUUUUGACAACUCCAAUUCUGAUCGAAAUUAUGUCAUUGUGUUUCCGAUUUGAUUUUUUACACCAAUCAAGCUUAUUUACGAAGAAGUUUUAAUCGUGAAUAUUUGCGGGUUUAAAAAAGCAGAUAUUGUCUGAUUGGGAUCGUGAUGUAGCGUUUGACAAUUUGUGUACUCGAGAAUUAAUAAUUAAUAUUAAUGAGGAUUCCAGUGAUGUUUCCCGUUAAUGUGGAGAAGAAUCUGACGAUUCAUUAUAGUAAACAAUACGGAUUUAUUAUAAUUAUUUAUAAUUUAUUUCAUUUCAUUAUUGUUUAAUAGACAGGUAUCAAAAUUUAUCAACUUGAAUAACCUUCGUUACAUAAUCUGUUGGCUUGAUAAAUAUCGGAGCUAAAGAG